AUGGGUACAAAAGAACCAUUUGGCGGUCUUAGCAUAAUAACUGUUGGCGACUUAUUUCAACUGAAACCCGUGUUUGAUAAUUGGAUAUUUGAGAAUUCAAAGGAUGGUUAUGCUGCAUUAGCACCAAACUCUGGCAAAAAUAUUUUCAAAUGUUUGAAUUAUCAGAGGUUAUGAGACAAAGGGAAGACAAAGAGUUUGCUGAAAUUUUAAAUCGCAUCAGAGAAGGAAAUCAUACUGAAGCUGACAUUGAAAUUUUGAAAGAAAGAAUUUUAAACAUUAGUCCACAACAUCCUGAUUAUCCAAUAUCUUUAACCCAUUUAUUCAGCACUAAUAUGGCAGUUGAUCAACAUAAUCAUGACGUUUUUCAGAAAUCUUCAAACGAGAAGGUCGACAUUAAAGCAAUAGAUAUUGUACUCGGAGAUUUAUCUGACGACUUGAAAGAAAAACUCAAAAAACAAAUCCCAAACGAUCCUUCGAAAACCAUGGGCUUGUACUCAGUAUGUUCAAUACUUAAGGAAGCAAAGUAUGACCUCACGACAAACGUGUCAGUUUUAGAUGGUAUGACUAAUGGUGCUGAAUGUAUAGUCAAGAAAAUUGAUUACCGAGUAGAAGGUUCAUCAAGACCAAGUAUUAUCUGGGUUUUAUUUCAAGAACAACAUAUUGGGAAUGAUUAUCGCAGAGAAUACUCUUAUCUUUACAAUCAAAGUAUAGAAAAAAAUUGGGUUCCAAUUCUUGAGGUAAAAAGACAGUUUACAAAAAAUAAAAUACAAGUUCUUCGCAGACAGUUUCCUUUAAGACCGUCUGCAGCCAAAACUAUUCACCGUUGUCAAGGAGAUACAUUAAAUGAAGCCGUUGUCGACCUUCCAUCGUUAAAGCGAGAACACAUGCAUUACGUUGCUCUUAGCAGACUUAGAAGCAUUUCGGGAUUACAUAUUCUUAAUCUGAACGAAAAGAAAAUAGCUGUGAGCAAGAAAGUACAAGAAGAAAUGACAAGACUAAGACAAAAUUCUGUACUUAAAAGUCAUCUUCCAUUUCUCUAUAAAGAUACUAGUGAGACAUUUAAAAUAUUAUUCCAAAAUGUGAGAUCAUUACAUCUUCACGUUGCUGACGUUGCGAGUGAUUAUAAUGUAAAAGCAGCAGAUAUUAAUAUGUUUGUAGAAACUGCUCUAUGUAGUAAUGACGAAAAAGAAAAUAGCUGUGAGCAAGAAAGUACAAGAAGAAAUGACAAGACUAAGACAAAAUUCUGUACUUAA